AUACCAAAGAGCCAUUUACAAUUUUUUUUUGGACUCCACUCCAUAAACCUUGGCCCAUUAUCUUUCUCUGAUCACACUCACUAGCCUAUUAUGCUUAAAGCAAGAUUAUGAACAUCAACCUCCGCGCCCGGCGCCGCCCCUCCCUCCCGCUACCCCCAAAAAAAAUCGCCACCGAGAAAAAACCAUAACAAAAACAGGAGUGCUAGGGUUAUAUUGGGGUUUUUGUAAAUUAUUACCUCCAGAAGAGUUUCCCUGCAAGCAUGAACCAUUUCGGAAACAAAAAUCGCGUCUUUCAAUUUCUCAAGCUCUGCCACCACCACCAGCAGCAAUGGCAGCGGAGCAUAGUGAAGGUGCGGCUUAAGUGGGUGAAGAACCGAAGCCUCGACCACAUCAUCGACAAAGAAACCGAUCUAAAAGCCGCUUGCCUCCUCAAGGACGCCGUGAAGCGCUCCUCCGCCGGAUUCCUGACGGCGAAGUCCGUCGCCGACUGGCAGAAGCUCCUCGGGCUGACAGUCCCCGUCCUCCGUUUCCUCCGCCGCUAUCCUUCCCUCUUCGAGGAAUUCCCGCACCCUCGCUGGCCAUCCCUCCCCUGCUUCCGCCUCACCGACACCGCAAAGCUCCUCGAUUCGCUCGAAGAAGAAAUCCACCAGAGCCACGAAAACGACGCCGUGGAGAGGCUCUCGAAGGUGCUGAUGAUGAUGAGAACCAAAACGGCGCCGCUGCACGCACUCCAGCCUCUGAAAUGGGACCUCGGCCUCCCCGAUUGCUUCGAGAAAACCCUAAUCCCCAAAUUCCCCGAACAGUUCCAGCUGGUAAAGUACCCUAACGGCUUGAGCGGACUGAAAGUAUCGCAAUGGCGGGAAGAUCUAGCGGUUUCAGCAUUACAGAAGAUGAAUGAGUGCAGAGAAUCGAAGAGAGGAAAAGCGGCAUUAGUAUUUCCGAUGAGGUUCCCGAGAGGUUACGGAUCUCAGAAAAAGGUUAGGAGUUGGAUGGAAGAGUUCGAGAAGCUUCCAUACAUAUCUCCGUAUGCAGAUUGCAGUAAAAUUGAUCCUGAAAGUGAUUUGAUGGAGAAGAGGGUUGUUGGAGUUCUGCACGAGUUUCUGAGUUUGAGUAUUCAUAAGAAAACAAAGAGGAACUACCUUCGGAGUUUGAGAGAAGAAUUGAGUCUUCCGCAUAAGUUUACAAGGAUUUUCACUCGCUACCCUGGCAUCUUUUACUUGUCUCUCAAGUGUAAGACUAUUACUGUCACUCUCAGAGAAGCUUAUCAGAGUGGCAAGCUUGUGGAUCCUCAUCCACUUGCUCGCCAUAGAGACAAGUUCUACCAUGUCAUGAGGACCGGCCUUCUCUAUCGGGCCAAAGGCGCCCUGGUAGAAGAGGCCGAUCCUCAUGCUCCCGGAGGAGAGGAUUCUGAAGAGGUUGAAUCGAGUGAUGAGUUGUGUGAGGAUGAGGUUUCGGAUUCAGAAGAUGAGUAAUUUGUUUUAGUGUUAGUUAAACACAUUCUUUGUAAUUUAAUCUUAAGAUUUUGCUUUUCCCA